AUGAGUGACUUUCAAGUAUUGACGAUCGGUGAAAACCCGAACGUCGUCUUCUACGCCUGGAGACUCCUCGAAACCAACUCGUGUUCGGUUUCUAUCGUGAACCAGAAGUUGCUGCCAACAGACCCCAUCACAUUUCAAUCCUCAAGCUUCCUGAGUACGAGUGGGAAGUCACACCUGUUCCAUCCGUCUGGCCUUCACCAUUCUAUCCAGCAAGUGCCAUCGGGAAUAAAAUACGACUUGGUGGUGCUUUCAGCCUUCUCCUUACAAGCAUUCCAAUCCAUAUGCCAAGAUUUAGCUCCGUAUUUGAAAGAGAACACCACCAUUUUGGUGGAAAGUACCGGCUUUGUCAACUUGGAGCCAUUUAUCACUUUAAGUUUACCCAAGUUGAAAAAUUUGGCAGUAGCUUCCAUCAUGAAUGAAUUCGACAUUAGACUUGUGGAUGGUAACCAAUUUAGCCAUAAAACCAGAGCAAAUGAAUCAAGAUUAUACGUAGGGAACCCUACUUCUCUGAAGAAAAACGGUGGCUCCACGUUUCAAAAGACUCUUAAAUUGUUCCAAUUAGUGCAGGACUCUUCAAAGGGUAAAAUCAACUUACUUAUUGCCAAUCUGUCCAAGGAAUUCAUGACUUAUCAGUGGAAGUUAGCGUUACCUAGAAUUAUAUUCAGUCCGUUAUCGGUAAUCUUUGAAACCUAUUUUCCUGAAGAAUUAUCCAAGCAGAUCUUGUGUAAACCUUUGGUUACCGGGUUAAUAACUGAAAUUUUUAAGAUCAUUAAGAAAAUGGAUUGUAAAUUAGUUAAAGGAAGUGAAAAUGAAGCAAACUUGUGGAAAAAUUGGAUUGACCAAUUCCCAAUCAUAAAUGGACAGGGCGAAGAUACACUUAUGGAUUCUCCUCCUUUGUUUUAUAAUUAUUACCAACAAUAUGACUUAGAAAUUGAUCUUUUAUUGUUGCAACCAAUUUUAUUGGCCGAUGACCAUGGGAUUAGAACUCCUUACUUGGAAAAUUUGUACUCUAUUAUGUGUCAAUAUAUCAAAGUAAAUGACCCAAAUGUUGACCUGAUUUUCUUUCAAAGAAGAGGUACCAAAAAUCCUUCCAAUAACGAUUAUAGGGCUCUUGAUGAAGAAUAUAACGAGAAGACUAGACACAUAGAAUUGAUGAACCAAGAUUAUGACGCUAAAUCAUCAAAAUUAAGUAGAUUGAAUCAACAGGUGAAUGAUUUGCAAUUGCAUUUCAAGUCUUUGGAAAUUAGUCACACUAAUAAAGAAGUUGAGGAAAACCAAAUUAAAAUAAAUAUCGAAAGGAGUAGGUUAGAGUUAGAUAAACUCAUCUCUUCUUUGAAUGAAAAGAAGCUACAAAUUGAGUCUUUAGAUAAAGAUAUUUUAAGAAAGAAAGAGGAAGUUUCCAAUUUUAAAACACCGGAAAAUGCUCAAGGGCCAUUCCCUGGAAGUACACUGAAGAAAGAGGGAGCAAAACCUGAAAAUGCUUAUAGACAAUCUUUAAUAGCAAGUCCUCAAGGAAUGAAGGAGAUGUCAGACGUGGCUUUAUAUGGUGCAGCAUUAAAUGGGGAAAUAAUACAAGAAGCUAAUGAACCAAAUGGUACAGAAGCAUUUAGUGGAUACCAAGAGAAUGGGAACAGCACUGGUAUUCCUGAGAAACUACUGAUUGAUACGCAAAAUGUACAAAAGCCAAGAGCAUAUGACCAGAAUCAAGGCAUGCAAGGAUUCCAAGGCCAACCUCCUGUAGCUCAAGGUCAAGGUCAAGCUCCACAAGGUCAACAGCAGGUGCAGCCAGGGUUCCAGGGCCAAGUUAACCCGCAAGGACAACAACCUGGAUCGGGCUAUCAGAAUGGGUUCCAACAAAAUAACCAAUAUGCCGCAGGAUCUCAACAACAAUAUCCUCCGCCUCAGGCAUUUGCUCAACAGCCAUUCUCACAACAGCAGCCACAACCACAACAGCAACAGCAGCAGCAACAACAGCAACCAUAUAAUUACAAUAACAACUAUCAAAAUCAACAAUUUGGAUACAAGCAGAAUAAUUACGGAAAUCCUCAACAAAACAAUGGGUAUUAUCAAUCUCCAAUGGAUCAACACCCCCCUCAUGGUUUGCCCACUAAUGGAGGCAUUCCACCAAUUUUUAACAAUAACUUACAAAUGAAUAAUCGUUACCAACCACAGCAGCAAAUGAACAACGGAUUCCACCCACAAAAGCAGAGACUUAGUUCUAUUCCAUCUUCUAUUCACUCUUAUUACGAUCAGCAAGGAAAUGGAUCAAAUGGUUAUGGACCUAAUGGACCUGGGCCACAGAAUGGACCAAAUGGCGGGUAUGCGAAUGGUUAUAAUGGUAACGGUCCAAAUGCUUAUGGAGGAAAUAACAAUGGAUAUCAAAAUCAGCAAAAGAAGGGUGGACGUCGUUCUAUGUUCCCCCAACCCUCAGGUAAUGCAUUACAAGGGUUAGAUAUGGGAGGUAGAGGAGGAAUGCCCAUGCCAACUGGACCAACAGGAGAGAGACCAGGUAGUAGCGGUGCGGUAAAGAAUAGACCUGUGACGAUGAAUAGUCCACCAAUGAACCAAAGGAAAUCACAAGCUGACUUACAAAUUCCUCCUGCGCAACAUGGGUCAUCUACUUAUUUACAGAUUCCUAAUACUAAUCGCUCCAAUACUUCUAGUUUGUCUACUAAUGAUACACCAAAGACCUCACAAUCCAGAGAUGACGUAUCCGAAGGGUUACAAGUUCAAGUUCCAAUAUCUAAUGAACCUGCGGGGAAACCUUUAGGUGCGGUUAAGAAUAUGUCAACCCUAGAUGACAACAAGAAGAAGAAGACAAAAUCUGGAAUAUUCGGGAAGAAGAAAUAG